AUGAAAAAAGACCAAUAUUUUACAUUGAUGAGACAUGGGUGGACAACAAUUUUGACAUUCGGGAAGUGCUGCAGUAGUGAUGAAGUGCCUGGUGUGUUGACGAACACAAGUUCAUCCAACAGACUGAUUGUUGUAAACGCGGGUUCUACAGAUGGAUUUCUUAAAGGGGCUGCUUUAACUUUUAGGGCGGGUAAAGCGACGGGGGAUUACCACGGACAAAUGAAUAGUAAUAAUUUUGAGAAAUGGGCUGAAGAAAAACUCCUGCCUAACCUUCCAGAAAAAAGUGUUAUUGUAAUGGACAAUGCACCCUAUCAUUGCCAUCAAGAAAAUAAGGCGCCAACAAAGUACGCUGUGAAAAAGGAAAUGAUAGACUGGCUGCAGAGUAACAACAUACAAUGCUCAGCAGAUAUGAAAAAGUUUCAGUUGUACGAGCUGAUAGAAAAGCACAAACCUAAAGAAAAGGUGUAUCGCAUCGACGUGGCGUUGAAGAGGCGAGGCCAUGCGGUUCUCAGAUUACCACCCUACAUGUGUGAAUUAAACCCAAUUGAGCUGGCCUGGGUUAAAAUCAAGAGAGUGGUGAAAGGAAACAACAUAAGAGGAGACCUGUCACUAACGAAACUGGAAGAGGCAACACGAGAAGCGCAAAGUUCUGUUAGCAAGAUCGACUGGGAAGGCUUCACAAACCACACCUUGAAGCUAGAACAACACUACUGGGAACAGGACGGCUUGAUGGAAGAUGCCAUCGACAAAUUCGUGAUUGAGUUGGGCGGAAUGGACAGCAGUGACAGUGAAGUGUCAGAUGACAGUGAGGAAGAAAUAUCUGACAGUGAACUGGCUCAACCUCUUCCAAGUACAAGUGAUGAUUAA